UCCACGAGUUUUGUUAAUCACUCGACGCAUCACUCCCUCACCGUUCGAUUUUUUUUCUUUCCACGAGCUGAUGUUUGAAUUGUGAUCAAAUCUAGUUUCGGAUAGCUAGAGAGAGAGAGAGAGAGAGAGAUAGAGAUUAGAUUACUAUGUUUAUGGAUUGUCGAGAGAGAAGGCUUUCUAAUCGUAACGGCACUUCUCCAGAAUACACCAACGGAAAAUUCCGCGACGAUAAAAAUAGUUACGGAGGAGGAUUCUUCUUAGAUCCUUCUAGUUCGAACAUCCUUCGCAUCCCGUCUCAGACUUCUUCUUCUUCUCCUCCACGUUCCAGCUCUUCCUCGCCGUAUCACGGUUCUAGCUCCCCUGACCGUGGCUUCAUCGAGCACCGCGUCUCCAAGUUCGAUACUCUCGCCGGCAUUGCCAUCAAAUACGGCGUUGAGGUUGGAGAUGUUAAGAAGAUGAAUGGGCUUGUUACUGAUCUUCAAAUGUUUGCUCUCAAGUCUCUCCGGAUCCCUUUACCUGGAAGACAUCCUCCUUCUCCUUGUUUAUCUAACGGCUCCUUACACCGUGGAGAGGGAUGUUCAUGCCACGAACUAGGCUCACAAAACGAUACCAACAGCGACGCGUUUGACUCAUUCCAGUCUCUGAGGUUGAAAUCUUCAGAGAAGAAAGGCUACUACGGGCUAAAACCACCAAUCAGAACAGUUUCUGUAGGAGGAAGCUUAGAGAUGGGAGCUUACAAGACAGAAAGCAACGGUGAUAGUCAAUACCUCAGACCUUUCACAUCCACAAACACUCCCUUGAACCACCACAGGAAGUCCAGAAGCUUAGUCGAUGCACUUCUCGAAGAGUUCAACCAAUCAUCUCAAGAACCGAGUUCCAAUAAGUUUAUGAGAAGACGCCAAAAGUCCGAAGCCGACUUUACAUCCCGGACUCCAGAGCUUAUGUUGAAAGAAGAGAACAGUAGCAGCAGCAAUGGCGGGUUCUUAUCAUCAGUAGGAGGAAAAGGUUUAGCUUUGAGAUCAAAAGCCUCAAGUAGAACUAGUCUAUCAUCAGCAGAAUCUGAGACUUGUAGUUUCAAUCCAGUACCAAUGAACUUGAUAGAUACUCCAGUUUCAGACAGCUUUGCCAGUGUAAGAAAAUCUUCAAGUGCAUGGAGUCUACAAGAUCCGGACGGUAACAGCAAUAACGGUUCAUCGUCACUGUCUCUAUGGCCGACUUCAAAAUGGAGUUUGAAACCUGAUUUGCUCACUACACCUGCUGUUAUUACAAGCUCAAUCUUUGAUGGGUUGCCUAAGCCUUUAACAGGGAGGAGAAACAAAACGGCUAUGGACUAAAGUGAAACGGUCAGUUUCUCUUUUAUUUUACUGUCCCCAUUCUUUUUGUUGAAA